UAACACCUUGAUCUCACUGUCUGCCCUUGCUCUCUUCUGUUUAUCUCCUCUCAUCCCUUGACAACCCCCAACCAACACACACAAACCCAUCCCCUCUGCCCCAGUGGCAAGGUACCCCAGCUCUCCUUACAGGUGGUGAUGCUAAAGGCGCUGCUCCAAGAGAUCCAGUCCUCUCAAGUUUCCAACUCUGACUCUCCCUCCCUACUGGCACCACCCCCCCUCCUGAGGGACCUCAUGCGCCAAGAACUCCGACAGUUACUCCAAGGCCUCCGCCUUAAGGCUAUCAGUGAGGGCAGGGACCAGACCCAGAUGUGGGCCCAGUACAGUCCCAGGGUCCUUCGUUUUGCCCUAGAGGAGCCCGGGUGUGAGUCAAUGCAACAGGAACUAUUCCCGAUGAGAGCCGGUGAGCCCAGGACUAGAAUGAACAACACAGAGAGGGUGAUGCUAACUUCACCUGUCACCAGCUGUCCCAGGGACCUCACUAUCAUCAAGGACCAACUGAAUGUGUCUAACAUUGACCAGAUUGUCAGACACCUGAGAAACCUCCUGGAGGAGGAGUGUCACAUGCUGCAGAAAGAGAUCUCUGAGCUGCAGCACUGUCUGGAAAUGGAACAGAUGCAGGCUUGCCAGCCCUCCAAGGAUACUCUAAUGCCCACCCUGGGAGAGAUAAAGGAUCAGAAGAAGGCCAUGGAACGGGAGCUACAGGUCUCUCUGGGGCCUUCCUGUCUCGCUGUCCAGCACAGGCAGAAGCCUUUGAGGUCCUCCAUUCCUGGCCUUAGACCCUUCCCUUGUCUCCAUGGCUACAUGCCUACACCUCCUUCGGAGCACUGUCCCCACCCUCAAGGUCAGGCAAGCACCCGCCGCUGGGGACGGCAACUUCGGUACAGCUAUUGCAAAGAGACAACUUCCACAUCAGUUUCCAGUGCAGCAUCCCAGGCACCGACCUGAAGGGGCUGCUCACAAAACAGGCUUCUGCUGAGACUCGCCCAUCUGUUGUUGCCUCCAGCUGCCACAGCUCCGUUUCUGCUUCAUUCUCUGAUGAGCUCACAUGUCCCCCAUACCCCCCAAGCUGUGUGUUGGUCUGGUCCCAGCCCCACCCCUUGUUCAGGUCACUGCUAUCUAGAACUGAGUGGCAGGACACCUGUUCUAACCAUCAAAGCCUUUGGCCCCUUCUCCACAUAAGCCUCCACAGAGGCUUGGAGGACAGAGGUCCCAUCCCAGCUUGACUUUUGUCCCCUAGGGACCCAGACAAAGCACAUCAGCAGCUCAGAGACAGGAAUAGAAAUUUCAUUAAAACCUAUGGACUUUAAAA